AUGGAUGAAAAACAAAAAGAAGGAGCCAAACAGGCCGUAGGUUAUACAGAAGCAGCAGCCACUACAGUUGCUCCAAUCACUGGAGCAGUAGGAACAGCAGCAGGAACAAUUGGUGGAGCUGUUAUGAAAGGUGUAGGAAAAAUGACUGGUGAUAAAGCCAAACAAGAUACUGGCGAAGUUUGCAAAGAAGCCCCUCUACAACCA